AUGAGCGUCCAGGAAUACAGUUUGAGGUUCAACUCCUUGGCUAGAUAUGCUCCAACAAUGGUGGCUGAUAUGGAAGAUAGGGUACACCGUUUUGUGACUAGGCUUGAUCCCCACUUGAUUAAGGAUUGUAUGACGGCUUCAUUACAAGGUGGCAUGGAUAUUGCAUACAUCCAGGCAUAUGGUCAAAAUUUGGAGGAUCUUGAAUGGAAGCAGCGGACCGAGCAAGACCCGAAUAAGGCCCGUUAUAAGCGGGCCAGAUCCGCAGGUUAUUCAGGUUCUUCAUCAGUUCCAACUGGUAGAAGUAGGGAAAGAGGUCAGGUGCCAAGUUCCGGUGGUAACCAAAAUCGUAUUUGUGCACUUACUGGGUGGCAGGAUCUUGAGUGGUCCCCAGAUGAUGUAUUCCCCACUGAAUUACCAUAUCUCCCUUCCGAAAGGAAAAUUGAAUUUGCUAUCGACGUGUAUCGAAGCACUCAACCCAUCUCUAUUCCACCCUAUCGCAUGUCCCCUGCUGACUUGCAGGAAUUAAAGGUGCAAUUGUUGGACUUACUGGAUAAGGGUUUCAUUAGGCCUAGCACGUCUCCGUGGGAAGCACCGCCACAGGGCGCUAAAUGCUUCUCGAAUAUUGACUUAAGGUCAGGGUAUCAUCAAUUACGAGUGAAAGGGGAAGACAUUCCAAAGACAGCUUUCCAAACGAGAUAUAGGCACUUUGAAUUUUUAGUUAUGUCUUUUGGAUUGACCAAUGCUCUUGCGGCAUUUAUGGCAAUGAUGAACACAAUAUUCUGGCCCUUCUUGGAUGUUUUUGUUAUAGUGUUCAUUGACGAUAUCUUGGUGUAUUCUCGUUUGGAGAUGGAACAUGCGGAUCACCUCCGAAAGGUCAUGCAAAUAUUGCGAGAUCAGAGGCUAUAUGCCAAAUUUUCCAAAUGUGAAUUAUGGCUGACCUCAGUAGCUUUCCUAGGCCAUAUUGUGUCUGAUGAGGACCAUAAAAGUCGUCAAGCAAAAGGACUGAAUUUGAGUCAACGAAGGUCGCUCGAAUUGCUAAAGGAUUACAAUGCUAAGAUUUUAUACCACCCUGGCAAAGCUAAUAUUGUUACUGAUACUCUAAGUCGCAAGUCAAUGGGUAGCCUAUUAUAUGUGCCAACAGAAAAGUUCAAAAUGGCUAGGGAAUUUUAUCUCUUAGCAAAUUUGGGUGUUUGCCUACUGGAUUCAGUAGACACUGGUAUUACCUUACAGAAUAUAUCCCAAUCUACUCUAUCCUCAGAUAUAAAGGCUCAACAAAAUGAAGAUCCAGUUUUAGCUAGCAUUAAGGAAAGAGUGCAAUAA